AUGGUGAAAUGUUCUAGGAAGAGUUUCUCGCUGUCGAACCUCUGGGUAUCAUCGCACGAUAAGCUAAGCGACUUCUACUUGUCAUCAUGGCAGCGAGGGGAAUCACCGGUGCCAAUGCUUGCAGUGAGACUUAUUUUGGCUGCGGUGGCCACUGGAAUUCUUAUAUGGUCACUGGCCUCGGCUCUUAACCCAUAUUGGCUAGUAUACCUCACGAACUGGGGUCUUCUACUAGUUACGAUGCUGACGCUGAGUGGACUCCUGGUCUCUUGUAUCACAAUUUGCACCACUGUUUCCGAUGGAGCCGAGCUGCCGUGGUUUAUUAGCAUGUACUGGUUCAUAUACAACAUCGCCAUCAGUAUUGCCAUCAUGAUCACCGCUCUCUAUUGGAUCCUGCUAUUUGACCCGGAGCAAAGGGAAGAAGAAGCUCCGGCUGACUUUUGGCUGGACGUGGCCACACACGGCGUCAAUUCAUGCAUAGCAGUUGUCGAGUUGCUAGCAUCUCGGACACCUGUGCGGUUACUACAUAUGUACCAACCGCUGGGAGUGGGCCUUUGGUAUGCGGCAUUCUCUGGCGUCUACUAUGCAGCAGGCGGCACUGAUAGCUUAGGCAACCCCUUUAUUUACGAAGUUUUGGAUUGGCGGCAAGGAACCCGUGCAGGGGCGGUAGUGGCCGCGUCCGCCGCUUGUUUGAUAAUCUUAUACCUUGUAAUUUGGGGGACGGCUUUCUGCAGGGACAAGCUCUCUUUAUCAAUCAUACGGACAACGAGCCAUACCUUGCCGAUGACUCCACAGGACGCUCAUCAAAUUGUAUGA